UGGCCCUCUGUCAACUCUAACCGUCAGUGCGCGCUUGCUCUGAAUGCGGGGCAGCUGUAAUGUGCAAGGGAACUUAACAAUGAGAACCCAACUAAGGACUCAAGGCGCCUGGAAUCGUACUUUCUCACUGUACUUCAGCUACUUGUGAUCAACAAUAGGACUCUUGUGCCCCCUCUUGUGGUCAGUUGAAACAUGAGCGCGUAGUGGGACUAUAUAUCAAAGUGAAUUGCAGUGUGGUCCACUGGAUGACAUUGCAUUUUAAACAGUUGGACUACCAAGACAGAAACCUAGCACAAAGAAACUGAAUGCCUCUUCCAGACCUUUAUUAUUCAAACUGUUUUCCUUGACGUCAUACAAAUGUAUUUUGGCUGACCAACAUCUGUUUUGAAGUUAUGGCUUGUACAAGGACUACACAAGAACUUGCAUAAUUUAACACCACAAAUUUUGGGGGAGUAAAGAGCAUUUGGACGCCCUCUCCAAAAUGGAUGCUUCCCGAGCUAACUACGUAGCGGCCACACCCACAGCAGUGCCCAUCUCAGCCUCCUCGCAAUAUUUGCUUCGCUUUUUCCGUGAUUACCAGAACAACUCGGUCAUAGUGACGCACUACAACUACACAGGCAAACUGAAAGAGAACAAGUACCGUGAUGGCCUGAAGCCCGAGGCCAUCGUGUUCCUGGUCAUCUGCCUGCUCAUCGUGCUGGAGAACGCCGUGGUGUUGGUGGCCAUCUGGAGGAACAAGAAGUUCCACCUGCCCAUGUACUACCUGCUGGGCAACCUAACUCUAUCCGACCUGCUGGCUGGCUUCACCUACAUGGUGAACAUUCUGAUGUCUGGGCCCAACACGCUGAAGCUUACCCCGCUGCUCUGGUUCCUGAGGGAGGGGGGCGUCUUCAUCACGCUGGCCGCCUCCGUCAUCAGCCUGCUGGCCAUCGCCAUCGAGCGGCACAUCACCAUGGUGAACAUGAAGCCCUACCAAGGGGCCAAGCGGGGCCGCAUGUUCACCCUGAUCGGGGCCAGCUGGGUGCUGUCGGUGCUGCUGGGGGUGCUGCCCAUCAUGGGCUGGAACUGCAUAGGCCACCUGGAGGAAUGCUCCACGGUGCUGCCGCUCUACUCCAAGAGCUACAUCCUCUUCUGCGUCACCGUCUUCAGCGGCAUCCUGCUGGCCAUCGUGGGGCUGUACGUGCACAUCUUCCGCAUCGUCAAAUCCAACGCGCAGCGGCUGGGCAACCUGCGCAAGGGCCUGGCCCGCAAGUCCCAGAAGUACAUGGCCCUGCUAAAGACGGUCACCAUCGUGCUGGGCACCUUCAUCGCCUGCUGGCUCCCCCUCUUCACCCUCCUGCUGCUGGACUUCUGCUGCCAGGUGCGUGACUGCAGCAUACUUCUCAAGGCCGACUACUUCCUGGGCAUCGCCAUGAUCAACUCGCUGCUCAACCCCAUCAUCUACACGCUGACCAGCAAGGACAUACGGCGGGCCAUUAUCAAGCUGCUCUGCCGGCGCUGUCUCAUGACCGAGGACGGGCACAUGGCCAAGUUCUGCAUGCCCUUCCUGGAGUGCAGCACCAGCAAGUCUGACAUGCCAUCCCACAGGCUGGAGGGGCUGGAUACCACCGUUUCCUCGGGCAACAUCACCCCCUCGCCUAUCAAGGCCCUCUUCCCGAAGAAGUUGAACUCUUGAGCCUGGGACUCAUCACUGGAGGUGUAAUCUGACUGGGCUAAGACUGGGCCUAGGUGUUGGGGUCAAAUUGGCCAGGAUUAGUGUACAGAAAAGUCUGGAAUCAGGUCCUGAAUGGCCUCAGCCCUCUUACUGUUCAGAACAUCAUCAAGUCACAGAGCAGAAAAAAAAAAACUGUGAGCGGUUCAAACCGUUUUAAAAUAACUGAGCUCGUUAUGAUAAACAAAUUUAUGCAGGACCUUCCGCUAUUUUAUAACCUCUAUCCUGCCUUUGGCACCACCAUGUCCCUGAACUGAAGAGCUAUUCAAUUCCACUUCUUUCAUCAGGUUACCUGUGUAGUAGAACCGAACCCACUUCUCGGUGAUCAUUUUAGCAGUGCCUUGCAGAUAAAUAGAGAUGACUGUGAAUAUGUACGCUUUUUUUUUUUUCUUCCACUUUUUACAUUUCUGAUUUGCACAGAGUGGUGUUACCCUUUGACUGAGCUCUUUAAGUGUCCUGCCCAUCAGCCUCCUGAAGAGACUGCAGGGGGACACGCAGAGAUAUCGCUGAAGAGAACAUGUAUAGGCCGUGCUCACUGAAACAAGCCCGAUCUUUACUCAAGUGGGUCAUGCUGAUUGUGCCUCAUGUCGCAUACUCUCACGCCGUCUUCAGAGCACUUCUUAUCAGAAGUCUGUGUGCUCUUAUACACCAAGUUACUGCUAGGCAGUCUAGGCUUGUCGCACGGUCCGACUGGUUCCGAUAAAGAACACAAGAUGCUAAGUAGCAGAGGUCGGGAUGCCAAGAGGGCGCAGCGUUUUAUUUACACAAGGAGCAAGGCUGUUCACGGUGAGGAUAGACAUUCGUGAAGUUGAAGGGGGAAGACAUUACACACACAUUAGAUGCAGAGAAAUAGUGUGAUAAUGUAAGCCAUACCUGUUGUUGUUUUUUUUUGUUUUUCUUCUUUGGAAGGGAGGCAGUAACUUUAAAGCACUUGCUAGUUUGACUCCAUCAUGCGCUUUAAUAGGAAGUGCCUUUUUGUUUUAGUUUUUUUUUUUUACUUCAGUAGAGGUUUUCACUCCUCCAGCCUCUGGUGAUUUGUCAUUUUGUGUUCCUUCUCCUUGACUCCUUGACUCUAGUGAUGAAAUCACCAUGCAUCACUAUUAAGUUGAGUGGUUGACUACAAUGCUCUGUGUCUAUGUGUGUGUCUGUAUGUGCAUGUGUGAGAGUGUGCGUGUGUCUGAGUGUGCGCAUGUGAGUGUGAGAGUGUGUGUGUGUGUGUGUGCGUGUGUCUGAGUGUGCGCAUGUGAGAGUGAGUGCGAGUGCGAGUGUGUGUGUGUGUGUGUGUGUGUGUGAGAGAGCAAGUGUGCAAUAAUUUUCCAUUCUCAAUGAUGGAUUCCCAGAUCACUCCAGCUAAUACAUAGUACUAUAGUGUAUAUGCUUGUCCUCUGUUGACUGCAUUACAUGUGGGGUACAGUCCUCGCUGGAGUUUAGAGACUCAGCUACAAUCUGGUGAGCACAGUAUUUCCCUCUGAGCACUAUGUUGGCUUUCAGUCUUCUAUCUGAGCCCACAUUAACAGCAGAUGGUCUUUUACUGCACAUUUCACGAGCUGCAGGCAGAACAAGGUAGUAAGUCUGCCAUAACCAUUCCUCAUUUACUGGUCUUUAAACAAGAGACUGCAAUUCCAAGAGCCAAAAUCACAUCCAAAUAAUAUGCCACACAAUAGAAAGCCAACUUAGAAUAUUUCUUGAAAAAAAUGUGUAUUUCUCCCUGUAUGCUUGUAGUGUUGGUAUUGUUGUCUGUGUGGCAGAAAAUAACAUUGAAUUUUUUGUGUGUGUGUCUGUGUGUGUGUGUGUGUGUGUGUGUGUGUGUGUGUGUGUGUGUGUGUGUGUGUGGGUGGUCAUUUUACAUUUCUAAAGAGUAUCAGACCUCAAAUCUCUUUAUUCACCUUAAACAUUGAUGUAUAGAUUGUAGAUUAUGUUGCAAAAUGCAUUAGUCAAAAUGUGUAUAAAAGCUUUUUAAAAAACCGUAUAUUUUUAAGUUAUGUGCCCUUGUGCCCAUCUUGUUACUGUUUUGUAUGUAAAAUAAAAUGUAUUUUGUUUAUGGACUGUAA